AUGGUCGGCCUCUUUUCUCGAUAUCAGCGGGUGCCCGCCAGCGAACUGCCAUCCAACACGGCAGAGGCGCACCGUCCCUCGUCGCAUGGCUCGACCUCUGCCAAGCCAGGCUUCGGCCGGGCGCGGACACGGUGGGCGCUCAUCAUCGCUGCCAUCUUUGCGCUGCUCCUCUUCCUCGGCCUCAAUGCCGACCCGGACCCCACCUCGGGCGUCGACUCGUGGCGGGCAAAGGCGGGCCAGUACGCCGACCGGCUCGGGUCCGGAGGCUGGAGCUGGAAGCCUAGCCCGCCCAAGCCGGCCGAGGCCCCGGAGACGGAAGCUCCGAUCCAGGUCAUUGGCAAGGAGAUGCAGAGGUGGACGCAGGGCAGCGGGCGCGCCAACCUCACCUACAACAGCCCCUUCAACCCAGAGGACCUCACGCUGACCGAGGAAGAGUGCGACGCCUUCUUCCCCGGCCUGUGGGACGAGAUCGACCGCAGCGUCAAGCACUUCACCCACGUCGACACCAACAGCCGGCAGUACCUCGACAAGGUGUGCGACGACGGCAUCUGGUCGCACGCCCGCGUGCUGGUGCACAACAACAAGGUGUACCUGCGCUACUUUCAAAAGUCGCCCUUCACGCGCCUCCAGGCCGCCCUCGCCCUGCUGUACCAGUCGGUCAUCACGUCGCGCGAGAAGCUGCCGGACGUCGAGUUCUGCAUCAGCCUCAACGACUGGGGAUCGCAGGGCAAGUUCAGCCUGGACCGCGCGCCGUACCUGCACGACGUGUGGCUGAUGCCCGACUACGGGUGGUACGCGUGGCCCGAGCACGUCGGCUCGUACGCCGAGUACCGCGAAAAGACGCUCCAGGUCGAGAGGGACAACCCGUGGGAGAAGAAGAUCUCGAAGCUCUUCUGGCGCGGCAGCAUGGGCGUCGGCACCGCCGACCGCGAGGCGAUGCUCGGCGCCGCCGAGGGCCACGAGUGGAACGACGCCAAGGCCAUGACGUGGGGCAAGGGCGGCAACAUUCCGAUGGAGGACCACUGCAAGUGGAAGUUCCACGGCUUCCCCGAGGGCGUCACCUAUUCGGGGCGGCUGCGCUACCUGCAGAACUGCAAGGUCGUCAUCGUCACCCACGAGCCGCGCUGGAUCCAGCACUGGACCCACCUCUACAACCCGGACCCCAACUCGCCCGACCAGAACAUCGUCUUUGUGCCCAAGUACGACGGCGACCAGCCGGGCAUCCUCACCCACAACGAAAAGGGCGAGGCCAGCUACGACAAGACCUGGAUGCGCCUGCCAGAGACCAUGGACGACCUGCUGCGCAACGACGACAAGGCCAGGCGCAUCGCAGAGAACCAGUGGACCUUUUUCCGCGAGCGCUACAUCAGCCCCGCCAGCGCCGCCUGCUACUGGCGCAAGCUCAUCAAGGGCUACGCCACCACCCAGCUUUUCACGCCCGUCUACCACGGCAACGAGACGAGCUACGAGGGCUUCCAGCUGCAGCAGAAGCUGCGCACCGACCCUUGA